CCCAUUUCAAUUCUCUCUGAAAAGAUUCCAACUUUCUGUUUCAUUCCUUUUUUUUCUCUUCAACAAAUUAAGACAACAACCACCAUUACCCCUUCACCCAUGGCUACUACUACUUCAUUUCUGCAUCUUAUGGUUACUGAUAACAACAACAACAACAACCAUGAAGAUCAACAACCCAUGAUGGAUAACAAUCCUGUUCUCAGUGAGGAAACAACAAGAACAAGGAGUUCUAAUGAACAUGGAGGAAGAAUCAUCAGAUCAGGAAGGAAUAAAGGUGCUCGUGUCAAACCAAAGAAACCGCCACAAAGAGGCUUAGGUGUUGAACAGCUUGAAAGGUUAAGAAUGCAAGAGUGUUGGAAGAAGAUGAUGAUGAUGAACGACUCUUCAUCUUCAUCUUCUUCUUCACCCUCAUCUUCAUCUUCCUCUGGGGUUGUUCUUCCAACAACAACUUCGACAACUGCUGACUAUUAUCAUCAUCAUCAUAAUCAUCAUCACUACCCUAACAUGGUAGCUACUUUUGGUGGUAACAAUGGUGGUGUUACUAUGAAGUAUGGUGCUUCUGCAGCACCAUCAGCACCAAGAAGCCAUGUCCAUGGUGGUGGGUUUCAAUUCAUCCCUCAACAAGUUUUUCAUGGAAGUGCUGUUGGUCAUUUCAUGGGGAAUAAUAGGAGUGGCUUUAGUGGCGGUUCUUCUUCUUCUUCUUCUUGUUCCUCGUUUGGAUCUGUGGCAAUGGCGCCAGUUUUUAACCCUUUGCUUGGAACCCCUUUGGUUGAGACCUCGAGAUCAGAGCUCACUUCAAUACCAAAUCUUCACCACCAUUCUCACCUUCAUCAACCUCUUGAUUUUUGCCUUAAGAAAACAAGGUUCAAUAAUGAGGAGAAUGUGAAUGGAUCAAAAGCAAGGAAGGAGAACUCUUUGAUUAUAUGGAACAAUGGUCCUAAUUUUGUUGGAUAUGAAGCCCCAAACCUUGAUGAUGGGGAAGAAGUCACUGAGAUUAUUAAGAAUGAUGAAGCUGGUGCUGAUGAGGGUGUGGAAGUUGUUGCUGUUCACAGGAAGGGAAACUCAGUGUGUGGCAGAGUUUUCAUGGAAUAUGAGUUUUUCCCAGGAAAAGAUGGCAGAGGCACUUCUUCCAAGGAGCUGGAAUUUCCCACAAUUGCUGCUGCUGAAGCUGAAGCUUCCCCUAUCACUGUUCCUCCUCCUCCUACUUCUACACCCUAUAGAAAACUUCCUCCUCCUUCUUCCAAUUCCAACACCAACAACAACAUUGAUUUGUCUCUCAAGCUUUCUCGCUAGAAAAGAAACCUUCAUCAUAAAGGGGGUCACUACUUUUGUCUUUCUUGUUGUUUCUGCUGCAUUGUUCUUUGCAUUCUCCAAGUACAAUAGUAGUCUUUCUUUAAUUUUUGAACUUUUAUUUGGUAGCCUAAUACCUAGCAAAGCAGUUCUAUAUGUAUGACCUUGUUAGGAAAAUCAUCAUCAUCACUAUCUCUAUCUCCAUAUAUCCUUCACAAGAUUAUGUCAUUUAAUAUAGUCUCAGGUAUUUUAAUUUGUCUC